GUUAUUUAGGGGAAAAGAACCACAAGGUUUCGUGUCGAUAGUCAUCUCGCCACACAGUCAUCGACGAUGUUUAAAAGACCGAUAUGUACCUCCUACCAGCAACGAUAACAUACCCCCAAAAGUGUUUCUGACAGGCAAAGGUGGAGACAAGUCGUGAGUGAAAACAUGGCCCUGCUGCAACUCAUUCUUUAGAAUUUUUUUUUUUUUACUAGACUCUCUAACUCGUUUGUUUCGGAGUUUCCUAUCCAGUUUGAGUAUAUCAAGUCGUUUCCUACAUGUCUCCAGCUUUAGUCAGUUGUUGAUAAUUAUUAUGGCUUCUGCAGCUCCUGUCAACAAUAAUAACGAAACCGAAGAUCCAGGGGAGGAUUUACACUUACUAGAGAACUGGCUAAUCCAGAUAGAGUCAGGAAGAAAACCUCCUGUUGCCAAGUUUAGGCCAAGUGUUUUGUCAGGGACGCCACCUUUCCAGGCUGGUAAAGCUUUGAAUUUAACUUUCCGAACUGCUCAAAGUGACACAUGGCUGGUCAGUGCACUAUUAGCUUCACAUGGCCUAGGAGAGGUAUCACAAACGUGCAAUGACUUCAACCUCCUUUGGACUGGGUCCCACCCCAGGCCACACACAUUCUCCUCACUUCGCUCAUACCAGAGAGUCAACCACUUUCCACGUUCAUAUGAACUGACAAGAAAGGACAGGUUGUACAAAAAUGUAGCAAGGCUUCAGCACUGUCAUGGGUCAAAGCACUUUGAUUUCCUUCCACCCAGCUUUGUCAUGCCAAAUGAAUACAGGGAUUUCUGGUCAGCUCAUCAUAGAUUGCAUGGGCCCUGGAUAGUCAAACCGGUUGCCUCGUCUCGAGGUCGUGGAAUCUAUUUAGUUAGUAAGCCUGAUGAAGUCCCAAUGGAGGAAUCUGUGCUCAUAUCCAAGUACAUUGCAAAUCCGUUGCUGGUCGAUGGCCAUAAGUGCGAUUUACGUCUGUACGUUGCUGUAACUUCUUACGAUCCGCUCGUCAUUUACUUGUACCGACACGGAAUCGUCCGUUUCGCCGCAGUGAAGUAUACGGCUGAUCAAAGCAGUCUGGACAACCCCUGCAUCCACUUGUGCAACUACAGCAUCAAUAAGUAUCACGCCGACUUUGUAGUUUCUGAGGAUCCCAGUGUAGAAGAUGUCGGUCAUAAACGAUCGCUAACAGGAUUUCUGAAAUACCUGCGAGCUCAGGGAAAAGACGUAUCUCGCCUGAUGCGCCGGAUCGAAGACGUAUGCAUCAAAGCUAUUAUGGCAGCUACCCCUCCAGUUGUUGCAGCUUGCAAAAUGUUUGUCCCUCACCGAAACAAUUGCUUUGAGUUGUACGGCUUUGAUAUUCUCGUCGAUGCGGAUUUGAAACCGUGGUUAUUGGAGGUGAACUUGUCACCUUCGCUUGGCUGUGAUUCGCAAUUGGAUCUGCGCGUUAAAUCAGCCAUGUUAUCCGAUUUAUUGACGCUUGUAGGCAUCCCUGCAGUGGAUCCUACCACCACGCCAACCACCCCUGGAUCAAUUGCUUCGCAAAGGCAAGGUCGAGCGAAGACAGCGCCCACAUCCACUGAACGCAAUCAAUAUCGGAGGGCACAAUCAGCUGACACUGGACCACGGACACGCCUUCACCAGUCCCGCGUCGUCAAAUUGACGGGUAGCGCGUCGACCCUCACUGCGGAAGAGUCACGCAUAUUAACGCAAUUGCGUGAUGAUUACGAACGACGUGGUGAUUUCAACCGCAUUUUUCCAACCGAGGAUUCCUGGUCACUUUAUGGUGACUUUAUUGAGACUCUUUGCUCAUCGCCGGCUCUGGCUUCUCCUGGAGUUAACUUUAAUCGAAUGGUCCACGAUCGACUCUUCCCGCUGAUCAGCAACAAUCGAAACAAUUCAGCAACAGUUGCUUCAGUUGCAGCGGCUGCAUCAGCAGCUGCUGCUGCUGCAGUUGCCGCUUCAAAUUCCACAUCGAGUGUGUCUUGCGACUCAACCGCUUCCACUGCUACGAGUCUCUCUGCUUUAAAUUCUGCCAAACUUCCCCCCAAAGUCCCCAAGAAAAUGCUUCGACCGGCGACAAGAUCGAACCCAGCCGCAGGAACUUCUGCGCGGUUUAGUAGCUCGAAUUGGGCACAUCCCAACUGGCGUUCCUUAAACGAAGAAUCUGAUGCUGAGUCUACUACCUCGUUUUACGAAGAUGCGGUUCUUCAAUCACUUACCAUAGACAACCGUCGACCAGGAAUGAUUCGGGGAAUUAAAAAAGCUCCGGCCGUUGAAGAUUCCCCAACGAGAAUCAAGAAAGAAAUCCAUGAUCAGCUGUCAAAUCAAUACAUCCUGAGUCAGGAGCAGAGCCGUCGAGGUUUUUCGCGUUAUUUGCGCUUUGUGCAGCAACGGUUACCUGGUCUCGAAAAUUCUACAGAUUGCGUAAACCAACUGGAUCUGAUUGAGCGUUUCUUACAACGGCUGGGAUCUGCUGGGCGUCUCCGUUCCGCAUCCCCGUCUCCAAAGAAUCCUGUAAAGAAAUUGACAGGUAGUGAUCGCGUGGCUUGUCUGGCAAGUAAACUGGGCGAAUUUCUUGAUCGCUAUGAACAAUCAAGUAGUCAUCAUCAUGGCGAUUGUGAAGGUGACCUCAAAGAGCUUAAGGUGGUGUCUUCGCCCGUGUUUGACGACUUUCUUGAACUUGCAAGUGAAAAGGAAAUUGAAGAAGUCCUCUGUCAGCAUUCCAAAAAUGCACCCUGUUCACACUUUCUGUCGGGCCGUUGUUAUCCACGCUCCCAUCGCUCAAAUAGCGACAGCGUUCGCAAUGCUAAUUUAGGGUUGCUCCGUGAAGCAUGUUGUCUGACUUCAUCUUCUUCGCCGGGCAUCUCUUCGACAGUGGGUGUUCGAUUGAAUAGUAGUCGCGUAAAUAGUCAGAAAACGAAAGAAGAGAAAGUCGAUUUAUCCGGUCGGAGCAAUGUCGUCGUCAGCUUCGAUUUACGAUGCGCCAGUAACCGUCGACAACUCACCCCUGCCAAUAACGCUCUCAGGCCUCUUACUCGAUCAAGUAUACUCAAAAGAGAAAAAUCUAUGUAACGUCUCCCUCUUACGUGUCAUAAGGCUCCAUUUCUUUGAUUGCCUUCGUUGGGUGGUUUUGCGGAAAAGCCAGAGUUUAAAUGUUAGCGCCAGUUUUAAUUUUAGUUAUAUUUAUAUUAAUAUUUUUACUAUUACUAUUAUUAUUUAUUUUUUUUUUUUUUGCGAAAGCAUUAAUCACAAAGCGGUCGCAUUUAUCGAUUUUACCCAAAGAGGCAACUACCAGUCCCACCUAUUUUGAAAAGAGAAUAGGAGCUACUUGUUUGGUUUUAUGUUAAACGAGCUUAAUGAGAAUUCUCGACAACGAUAUUUACUAGAACGUUCAAUUCACUGAUCGUCUUUGAAUUUGGAACAAUUCUUUGAAUAAGCCAUGUAAGAUACAACCAGCGCAUAGAGCAAUUAUUCAGUUAUUAGUAAAUUAGAUUUUUGUCUUUUGCUUCUAGCUUAGCCAAGUGAGUACUAGACGUACUUACGCCAAUAAUGUGUUCAAUUAACGUAUAUUUCGUGCCUGCCUAAGGAUGGAAAUGAGUGCAGUCUUGUUACAAAAUGCUGUUGCAUACUUCCUCAGUAGGCAAGCGGCUGUCUGGUAUUUUGUAAUUCUCUCGGCGUUUACCCAUACUAUACAUAGUAGGUUUUUUUCUUUUUUCUUCCCAAGAUUGUACUACCCUCCCUUUCAUAUACGGCCCUUUUAGAAAGUGCAAUAAUACAACGAACAUGAUGCGCCAACUU